CAACUAUUAACAAAUGCAUGACCUAGAAGAGAAAUUUGGACUUCUGCUAUUACUUUGUCUUGACUUUACUUCCAGUGUGUUUGUAGUCAGACAUGAAAGAUGACUUUGAUUGUUUCCAUCUUCUCUUUCCGACAAUGUGAACUCCAACUCACCGAAUGUUCCCAGCUAAUCUUGGUUUUGCCUGCACAUGUGAGAAGAUGCAGUGCAAUGCCUGCAAAUAAGGAGAUCUAGAAAAAGCCUUUGGGUAUAAAAGCAAGAGCCAUGGAGAAGAAAAACCACAUUCAGAGCCAAGAGAGAGGCAAAGCAGCCCUGAGACACAAGAGGCAACUAAAGCAACAUCCCAGCAAAUACAUGCCAAGGGAAAAUGGUGAACGUAAGCUACAAAGUUCUCUUUGCUCUGGCCAUCUGGACGAUGACUACAGAGGCCUUUCCCAAAGGCGCUGAGAGGACAAAAUGCCACCUCGCAAAAUACAAGUCCCUGCCACCUCGGGAACUGGAGGCCUUCAAGAAAGCCAAGGACAAAUUUGAGGACAUGAUGCUGUUGUCAGACCGAAAAUGCAGCACCAGGAUUUUCCACCGGAACUGGGAAGUCAAAGAGCUGUCGGUGCACGAUAGAGUCAUCCUGGUAGAGAAGGAGCUAGACUUUGCCACUAACGUGCUGGAGAACGUUGAGGACCCCAGUCUGUCCAAGCUGCUCUCAAGGCCGCUAGAAAUCCUGACGCAGAUCAGAGGGGACCUGAGGGACUGCACCAGACAAACUCAUUCUCAUCGACACUCCAGGAGGCUGAACAAUUGGCUCCAAAAUUUUCAUGAGAGCAAAGAGAUGGAAACACCUGGCUGCCUGGAAGCAUCUGUGAUCCUCAAUCUCUUCCGGCUGCUGAAUGAAGACUUGAGAUGCGCAGCCUACAUGGAGCUCUGUGUGUAGCCAUCUGGUCUCUGCAGUGCCCGUGUCCACAUCUACUCUAGAGACUGGGGAGUCCUUAGCCUGAGAGCACUGCAACAUAUUGGGAAAAGACAUGUGUGAACCAGGAACAUUCAUCUUCUCCCUCUGGCUUCUGAUCAUAGAUCCCCAAGCAAACUGAUUCCAUCCUUUUAUACCAAAGAAUUAUGCAACAGUUGGCCUCCAGGUUACUCCAAUUUCCAGCUAGUGCAGCACUCUAGUCUCCUUAGACUUCACUAGGAUUUGGUCCUCGGGGGAUAUUAUUUAUUGAAUGUAAUUGUAUUGUCACUAUAUGGAAGCAUUUUAGUCAGGGUAACAUGUCCCAAAAUAUUGGAAACAUUUAAUAAGCUUUAAUUUUUUUAAAAAACAACACUCCAGUUCUAGGAUUUACACACUAUUCAUGGUUUCGGGUCUCUUAGAAACAACCUCAGGAAAUGAAUUAAUAUUGAAGUUUGGAAGUUCUUACUGUACAGAUCCUUGACAGAUGUAUUUAUACAGAGUAUAUUUUUACCUUGCUGCUUCUUUACGUAUUAUUACCCAACUAAGAAGAGUAAUUGGUUUGUAUAACUUCCCGACUUGAACCAAAGUGUUAUUUAUUAUGGAUCAGCUAUUUAUUUUUAUGUAUUUAUCUAUUACUAAGAUUGUGCCUUUUUAUCUAUAAUUGUGAACAAAUAAAAUU